UGUGAGAUGGAAAGGAGUAAGUCUGCAUAUAAAGAUAUUAUUAUAGAACAAAAGGAUAUUCUGAUAAAUGAGCUAGCAGACAAAAUCGGUUUGCUGAAAAAGCAUAUAAAUCUCCUUGAGAAGUUGGAUUCAUCGAUACCAGCAAAUCCAAGUUUUAAUGAGAAGAAUAAAGGCAAUAAUCCCACAUCGGAGAUUGUAUACAAAUCCGCAUCUUCAUCUGGUUCAUCAGAUGUCACAAUUACACACGUUGAUGAUAGGAACACAGACGUCAUAGAUGGUGGAACGAAGGUUCAAUCGACAAUGUCAUCUGAAAGGACAAUUGACAGACAGAAAGUAAAAGAUAAUUGGACGAUUGUUGAAAGGAAGAAAAAGAAGAACAGAUCAUUUACAUCGAGUCAUAAUAGUUUCAAUAAUGCAUCUGGCAUGGUAGGUACAGUUGGAGAUAUGAAAGUUGACAACCACAACAUCAAAACAAACAAUAAGAACAUGCACAACAAUAAAGUAUCCCAGAGCUACAGGUGGAAUAUAAUCGGAGCGAGCACGGAUAACCCAAUAAAGGCAGUUGGAAAAAAGAUGUCUCUGUUUGUUUCUAGGAUUGCGCCUAACACCAAAGAAGAAGAAUUUGAAAAAAUGGUAGUUAUUAAUGAUUCACAUAAAAAUACAGCCGAGAACUCUGAAUGUUGGCCUAACGGAGCUUACAUAUCUAGGUUUUUUUCAAGGAAACUGACGAGGGAGUAACAGGUAAUUUAAUUCCCGAAAAUAUUUCAUUGACUCAUUCCUGCGAAGAUUACAACACAUUAAACAUGCUACAUUUGAAUAUUCAGUGCUUAAGGAAUAAAAUAAAUGUCUUAGAGGGUUUGAUUUACGCUCAAUCGCAUAAAUAUGACGUGAUAUGCCUCACUGAGCAUUGGCUCAGAGAAGAGGAGUCCAGGGGCUUAUGCAUCGGAGAUUGGUAUGUAGGUGAUGCUUACACAAGGCAAAACAUGAAACGAGGGGGCACAAUGAUUUUAGUAAACUCCCUAGUGAACUGUUCAGAGUGUUCAGUUAUCAGUAAUAUCCGAAGUAAAUCCUUGGAAGUGCAUUGUGAAUUGUCAGCUAUUAAACUACUCAAAAGUAAUUUAAUCAUCAUAUGUAUUUAUUCAUCACCAUCGAGAAAUCUCGAUGCUUUCACUUCUAACUUGGAGCUUAUUCUCAAUGAACUCGCUAUUAAUAGGGACAGGGUUGUGAUAUGUGGUGACUUCAAUGUUAAAUUUAGCGUCAACCAAGAUGUGGAUUUUGUUUCGGACAGGAAGGCGAAAGUGGUAGUCGAUCUCUUGAAAUCCUAUGGUUUCAAACAAAAAAUAUUUGAGCCCACCAGGAAUCAGAAUUGUAUAGAUAAUAUAUUCACGAACUUUGAUGCACCUGGGGAAUUGGCUGGAAUAAUAGACACUGAGUUCUCGGAUCACGAAGCACAGUUUCUUCGCGUAGGAACCUUGAAUAAGAGUUCGAAUUACGUUCACAGAGCAUUUAGACCACUAACACAGGCAGGAUUCAACGAGAUGCAUUGUAAACUUGAAAAUACAUGUUGGGACUU